GAGACAUUCAUACAGAAGGCAUUAAGCAAGGCACACACACUCUGACGGCAAACACACUCACACCAGGACACACACACACCCAGGGACCCACAGCGCGGUUUGGAAUAGUGGUCUGAGCGGAGAGGGAGAGGACUUACAACUACACCUGUCCCACACACACUUACUGCAACUCCUCCACAUCCCCGGCCACAGAGGACGACAGAGGACUAGUUGUCCUUAUGUGUGGCUUGGUGAGUCACCCGGCGACCUCUCAUAGUUCCGCCAUGUUGACCAGUGAGGGGGCCCACGCCAUGGAGCACGACGACCACAAGAUGGAAACUGACUCCCAUCACCUCGCCAAAAUGGCUGACACAGACACCUGCGCGGAGGAGGCCGGCGCCCAGGCCGGAGCCAAAAUGGUCUCCAGUAGCUCGGAGGUGGAGCAAGCAGACAUGACGCGGUGGUCGGAGGCGGAGUUUGAGGAGAAAUGCACGUACAUCGUCAAGGAUACGCCCCGGGAACUGGGGCCGGAGAGCGAGGGUCUGACGCGGGCCGAAGCGUCGCUGCCACGCAACCUGUCCUUCAAACACCCGUCAGAAUCCAAAGAGGUGAUUGGCGUGAUCAGCAGAGAGUACAUUCCUAAAGGCACGCGCUUCGGCCCCCUGGUGGGAGAGAUCCACACUGCAGACAGUGUACCCAAGGACGCAAAUCGCAAAUACUUCUGGAGGAUCUACGCAGAAGGCGAAUUCCAGCACUUCGUGGACGGUCUGGACGAGAGCCGGUCCAACUGGAUGCGCUACGUCAACCCCGCCCACUCGGCGGCGGAGCAGAACCUGGCCGCGUGCCAGAACGGCAAGGAGAUAUACUUUUACACCGUGCGGGCCGUCCAGGCCGGGGCCGAGCUGCUGGUGUGGUACUGCCCCGACUUCGCCCACCGCCUGCACUACCCGCCCUCCGGAGAGCUGAUGAUGCAGAAACUAAAGCAGUCCCUCCUGGAGGCCAAGCACCAGCAGGCCGACAGUGAGGAGCGCGGGGUGCACACCUCCACCAGCCCCCCCUGCAUCACCCCCACCCCGGCCAAGAAGGAGCACAGCGUCCUCUCCAUCCUGCGGGGCACAAACUGCACCUCCUCCUCCCCCUCCUCCUCCUCGUCCCCCCCCAGGAGGGAGCCCAGCCGGCCCCUGCCCACCCGGCCCCGCUGCCCCGACAGCCCCGAGCGGCCCCUGUACCCCCGCGCCGUGUACCCGGCCCACCGGCCCCGCCCCCACGGCCCCGAGGACUUCCUCAGCCUCACGCCGCCGCAGUUCGGCUACUCGGCGACCCACUCGCCCGGCAACCAGUCGUCGGCGACGCCCAGUCCGUCGGCGAGGAGCAGCCCCGAGACCACGCCCCACGGCAGCCCCUCGGGGCCGGCCAUGUCCCCCGGGUCCUUCUACUCCCCCUACCCGGGGUACUCCCCUCCCUCCGCCCCGCUCUCCGCCCCCUUCUACCCCCCGGUGGGGCCCUACUCCCCCUACCUGCUGCCCCACCACUACCCGCUGCCUGGCGGCGGCGUGCCCACCGUGGGGGGCAUCUUCCCCAGGAUCUACCCCGUCUACAGCCGCAUGCUGCCCCCCCACAUGCCCCUGAUGCCUGGCGAGGCGGCCGGGAGGCGCUUCCUGAUUCCUGACCACGCCCACCACCACCACCACCACCCCCACCACCCCCACCACCCGUCGUCGCUGUCCUCCGCCCACAGGGACUUCCUGAUGCCCGCCCCCUCCAGUGCCUUCUGCAACGCCACCUCCUUGAAGGAGAAGUCCGGCCCCCACCAUGCCUUCCCCGCGCAGCACGGACCCCCGCCCCACGGGAACCACCGCGCCGCCUCCGGCGGGUCGCCCACGGCGGGCACGGCGCCGCCCAGCGAGAGGCUGCCCACCAAGCCCACCGCCGCCCUGCUGGGCAACGGCGGCAGGGACGGCCACCGCUCGGAGGAGGAGGCCAUGAACCUGAGCAAGAUGAAGCGCGGAGGAGGCGGGGGGAACUCGGCGGGCUACAAGACGCUGCCCUACCCGCUGAAGAAGCAGAACGGCAAGAUCAAGUACGAGUGCAACGUCUGCAGCAAGACCUUCGGACAGCUGUCCAACCUCAAGGUCCACCUGCGUGUCCACAGCGGAGAAAGACCCUUCAAAUGCCAGACGUGUAACAAGGGCUUCACCCAACUCGCCCACCUCCAGAAACACUUCCUGGUCCACACCGGGGAGAAGCCCCACGAGUGCCAGGUGUGUCACAAGCGCUUCAGCAGCACCAGCAACCUGAAGACCCACCUGCGGCUGCACUCGGGCGAGAAGCCCUACCAGUGCAAGCUGUGCCCGGCCAAGUUCACCCAGUUCGUCCACCUCAAGCUGCACAAGCGGCUGCACUCGCGCGAGCGCCCGCACAAGUGCCUGCACUGCCAGCGCCACUACAUCCACGUGUGCAGCCUGCGGCUCCACCUCAAGGGCUACUGCGCCGUGGCCAUGCAGGCGGCCGCCAGCCCCUCGGCCGCCCCGCCGCCCCAGGCCCACCUGGACGAGCUGCAGCGCAUCAACGAGGAGAUCGAGCGCUUUGACAUGAGCGAGCACGCCGAGCGGCUGGAGCAGCUGCAGGGCGGAGUGGAGACCGAGGCCAUGCUGGAGAGCCAGGUUCUGGGCAUGCUGCGGCGGGAGAUGGAGCUGAAGGCCGCCGCCUCGCCCUACGGCUCGCACCACCACAAGGGCGGCGCCGGGGGAGUCGGCGAGCUCCUGCUGCCCGGGGCGGGCUUCAGCAUGUACCCAUCGUCGUCGGCGACGGAGACGUCCGUCAUCAAGAUGCGACACAGUAGCCCCGCCCAUUCGCUGACGGUCGGCGUCACCGUCAAGCAGGAGAUGGAGUGACCUUUGAAGCCCCUCACCCCUCCCCAUGAACACACCCUCCCCCCCCCCCCCACCCCCUCUCCUCACAGCCAAGCCAGGGGUCUCAUUGAACUCGAGACUUAAAUGGCUCAAAGACAAUUGGGUUGCCAGGAGCAACGCCUGUAAAUAAAUGUAUGACCCGGUCGUCAACGGCAACGAUGUUGUUGGCACAGACGGGUUGUUGUUUUUGUUGUUCAUUUUUUACCUAUCAGGGACUUGCGUUCUCAGGGUUACAAGAGGCACUGUCCCAAAACUACUAGUCGUGGUUUCAGCUUUGCUCUACUUAGAGACAAUCACCUCCAAUGGACUGAAUCUUUUAUGUAAUUAAUAUAAUGCUACUAUCAUUAUUGUUGUCGUUAUAAUUGUUAUUAUUAUUUGGUCUUUAAUUUCAAAUGUAUUUUUUGAUCGAUUGAUUUAAUUGUCAUAUAUCUUUAAUUUAUUACAUGUUUUUUUUGUCCUCUUCCAAAGCAAUAAGUGAAAGAAUAGGUGUCUGUUGUCAUUUAACAGCAGCUGUCUCUGAACUCUGUAUAGAUGGUCCUCCGUCACUAUGCUGGUCAUCAACCUGGCCUGACCCUUAAGCAACAGGUCUCCAAUCUUCAGGGUUUCUACUUUAUGAAUUGUUUUAAUGAUCCAGUCGGGUUGAAAGGUUUCGUCUGGUUUAUUUUUUUUACUGCCAAAGUUGGGCACAUACAUUGUAAAUUCAAAAUGGAAAUCUCUAUUUGAACUCUCACCGUACCAGCCAGCUUUCCUAAAACUAUUUUUUCUAAAUACUUAAUUUAAAUUAACCAAAAAGGGGCAUUUUUGUAUAUUCGUGACAACGGUUACCUCAUUAUGUGUGUAUGCAUGUACGAUUAUGGCGUGGCUGAAGUGUGCGUGCGUGUGUGUGUGUGUGUGUGUGCGUGCCUGCAUGUGUGCGUGUUCGAAGGAACAGCUGAAGGUGGGCGUGUUCUAUUUAUUUGCUUUUGCUACUUGAAGAAGAAGGAGAAAAACCAAACUGAACUGGAGCGUCCGGAGCUCCGAUGGACCCGCGGCGGGGACGACCCCCGUCUGCUCUGUAUGUAGCACAUAGAGGAGGCCCUGGAGGUCACCCCUAACCCCACCCCUUGCCACUCCUCCUCCUCCUCCUCCUCCCAAACCCUCACAACACUGUCAAUACCAAACUGGGGCUGAGCCCACUCGGACUGAAAACCUUGAGGCUAGCAAACCAAAGCACACUUUGAGCUUCUCACACCAAACCCCACCACCACCAAAAAAACAAGGAGCGAUCAACACGAAUGAGAGGAGUCCGGGUCAGCCGAAGAAGAGCUCUACUGUCUGUCAUGGUCUUCCUCUCUCGGGCGGUGGUCUUGUUUUAUAUUGUAUAUGUCUUUUUUUUUUGUAAAUCUUCUUAAAUUGAGAAAAUAAUGUACCAGCCCCCGUUGAUGUUCAAUCUAGUAUUCUCAACUGGCGCACACAUGCACAAGGGCACUACGGCCCUCCAAUGCACUGCCCCCCCACCCCCUCCUCCAUUCUGUCCAGACCCCCUCUUGCCCCCCUAACACUCAUACCACUUACACUGUGUACAAUUAAACUGACAUGGGUUGGAACUUUGGCAUUGAGAUCAUUCUAGAACUCUCGGUUCCCAUGGCGAAAACCACCAGGCCAGCAGCUGUUCAUCAAAACCUCAUCUUCCUUUUGCCUCUCUAAUGUACCCCCCUCACUUUCGGUUGAUCUCCCUCUCUCUCUCUCUCUCUCUCACUCUCUGUGUCCUGGCCUGAUGUUUUGACCAAAGUCUUUUGAUCAGAGCUUUAUAUUUCCAGAUGGGAAUUUUCUCUGUUUACAUUCUGGUUUACAUAGUUAUUUAUGUGCAAAAUUGUCAAAUUGUAAAUUAUGAUAUAAAUGUUCACUGUUCACUAAUCUGAA